AUGAGGCUUUGCAUUAUCAUCCCAUUCUUUCUAUGUCUCUUCGGCGUGGUCUCUGCGCAGAUGGCCAUGCCUCUUCAGGCAAUGCCUGCAGAGGCGGCAAGAGGCCGCGGCGGUAGAGACAAGAACGACAAAGGCGAGAAAUGCAACGGCAGGAAGGGUUGCAAAGGCAAGGGCGACAAGGAGCCUGUGAGGGGUGGAUCGGCGGCUCUGCAGACACGCAUCGCAGAUCUACGGACCAAGGUCGCCAACGCCAAUGAAAGUGUCGUGCCCUUCAAAGGGGGUAAUCUGAAGGGCUUGGUGGGGUUGUUGAAGGUUAAUGUGGCCGUGGUUGAGCUCGGUGACACCAUCGAUCUCGGGACGAAGACCGCGGAAAACACCGACGUUUUACCCGCGAACGAGUCGACCCAAAUCGGCACCCAAUUCUUGGCUCUACAACCGGAGAUUUCUACUCUCUUGACGAACCUCCAGGAUAAGCGCAAGCAGUUCGACAAGGCCGGGUUCAAGAUCCUCGACGUCAAAAGUCUCAUUCGUGACGAUCUUAAGAUUCAACAGAACAAGGCUGGCGACCUAGGAGGCGCUUUUGUCAAGAUUCUGGACCGAAGUCUGGCUCCUAUUGCAACACAAGUCGUCGACCAAAUCAAUGGAAACUUCACGACAGCGAUUGAUGAGUACAAGGGGCGCGGUGGCAAGAUCAAGAUCCCAGCCAAGGCUGUCCCCGCGCUCUCCGACCUUCUCGCAGGUGUCGCCAGAGCCCUCGGCAUAGGCGACAGAGAUCGAGCGGUGAUGAUGGCGGCCGGUAUACAGCCCGACGCUCUUCCGUUUGCCGCCACCAGCUACCCGAACGUGGAUGCUGCGGCGGUGGACAUUAACGCUGCCGACACGCCCCAGGCGAAUACGGCCAUUGAGGCCUUCGUCGCGGGAACGCGUGAUGAGGACUUUUCUCGACUGGGAGAAGACGAGAACGACCUCCGAGGCAUUCCUCCGUUGGUCAUGGCAGUCUUACGCCGUUACGAGAUUAUCUGA